CUUCACUACACACACUGCAAUGUUAUUUCUAUAGUGUUCAUGAUAUUCCUCAUCAGUCUCUCUCAUCUUGUGUAUAAAGAUGUCACCGUGGCGUUUCCUGAUUUUAUUGAGCAUCUUUCUGCUUUGUAAAGGUGAGGACAAUGACUGCGACAACUUCACAGAUCUGGACUUCCACGAGUCUUUCAUAGGGACCAAUCUAUACGUGCGCCUGCUGCUCUACACCCGUGCCAACCUCGAGUGUGGUCAGGAGCUACCACACCACAACUUCACCCAACAACCCCUUUUUAACGUAACCAGACCCACCACCUUUGUCAUCCAUGGGUACCGACCCACUGGGGCACCGCCAAUCUGGAUCAACCACAUCGUACACCUGCUAGCAGCUCAGAAGGACAUGAACAUCCUGGUAGUGGACUGGAACAGAGGAGCAGCAAACCUCAACUACUUAACAGCAGUGGCCAACACACGGGGCACAGCUCUGAACAUCACCCGCUUCAUAGAGAGCAUGGAGAAAGAGGGAGCCUCUCUUGACUCUAUCCACCUGAUUGGUGUGAGCCUUGGGGCACAUGUGGCUGGUUUUAUUGGCGCAAUGUUGGGAGGACGAGUGGGCAGAAUCACAGGUCUGGAUCCAGCAGGGCCAAUGUUUGCCAGUGUUUCGCCUGAGGAACGUCUCGAUCCAACCGAUGCCCAGUUUGUAGAUGUGCUGCACACAGAUAUGAAUUCCUUUGGCCUCAGAGGAACGCAUGGUCAUAUUGAUUUCUAUGCCAAUGGAGGAUUAGAUCAGCCGGGAUGUCCCAAAACCAUCUUCUCAGGGAAAUCUUAUUUUGUGUGUGAUCACCAGAGGUCAGUGUUUCUGUACCUGUGCUCUCUGAAUCGCACCUGCAGUCUUACGGGAUACCCGUGUUCAUCAUACAGUGACUUCCUCAGCGGCCAGUGUUUGCAGUGUGAGACCUUCAAGCCCGCUUCCUGUCCUGUUCUAGGUUAUGACCUCAGCCAAUGGAGGGACAAGCUAUUAAGACUAGGACAAACUAGAGCAUAUUUCUCAACAACAGCAGAACUCCCCUAUAGCAAGACGAGUUACAGAGUGGACUUAGUUACCUGGAACCAGUUCCUACGCUGGGGAGUGGUCAUACUCCGACUGCACAAUGGGAAAAAUGUAACCGAGGCACACAUAGACAACAAACUGAUGAGGUUUGAGCAGUAUACCUCCACUCGGCUACUGGCGCAGUUUGAUGAGGAUCUAUAUCCAAUUCAGAAAAUAUCAUUACGGAUCGUCACUGGAAAUGUUAUUGGACCUCGAUACAAGAUAAGGCUGCUUCGUAUACGGAUCUCUCCACUGGAAAAACCAUACAGGUCGCUAAUGUGUCGAUAUGAUAUCAUUGUGGAGGAGAAUGCUGAGGUGUCUUUCAAACCAUUGCCCUGUCAUUAAUUUCCUCUGUGGAAAUACUCAUACUGAAAUGCCUACAUGUACUAAACAGUCGUUUUAAGAGAAUUUAAAGUGUUUGAAAACUUUUAGUGCCUUUUACUAUGGAUUAAUACUGUGAUUUUGAAAGCACUAGUGUCUUAAUGAACACUGCACAGCAUCACAUUUGUAACUUAAAUGUUAUACUAAACCAGGGUUGCCCAGACCUUUUUAUAUGUAGGGCCAAAAACCAAAUAUCAUUGAUAGCUGUGGGCCGAAGAUAAACAUACCAAACUAUUUUACAUUAAAGCUGCCAUGGGUAAUUUUCUGACUCCUUUCAAAAUAUUUGCCUUGAUUCAUUUACCAAAGGUUCUGCAUUGUCCUCUAUGCAUCAUAUGUACAUUUUAAACUAGGUCUGAUUGCUUUACACCAUUUAAAUUGUAACAUUUAAUUUC